AUGAAUUUUAUAUUUUUGCUAACUUCGACCAUACGUAAAGAAACUUGUGCGUACAUAUGGGGACCGGAAAAUCUCCCGCAUUUGGGAAAGUAUAUCCAAAAGCCACGAAAUCAAAUCAAACCAAAUGAUCCUUGUUCCAUACCCGGACCGCCGGGAUCUAAUUAUUAUUUGCAAUGGAAACAUGGACGAGUGAAAGAUUACAAAUUUACCUGGCAAUGGGAUGAAGAAAUGAAUUGCGUGAAAAAAAUAUAUUAUAACGAAGAUGGCUACUACGUUUCACAUGGUAAAAAAAGUACAAAAGGUUCCCCAGGUAUGCAUUUGUGUUAA